AUGGAGCUGACCGCCUCCUACGCUCGACCCAAGACCGGACACUUCCUGCCGCCCAUCUCCACCACGGCGUCCAGCUACCGCCACGCCAACCACAGCGCCAACCAGUGGAGGAGCGCCAGCUACUACAAGACCGCCGGCGCCGUCCCCGGCCUGGACCUCUCGGCCAGGAGCGCCCGCUACACGCCCGACGACUGGUUCAGGUCCAACCAGACCUACUACCGCCAGUCGGAGGCCAGCCGCAACAGCGCCGAGAGACUCCGGCGGGACACGCUGAGGCUGAUCCAGGACAAGGAGCAGCUGACCCGCCGCACGCAGGAGACCAGCAGCAAGGACAUCGGCGAGCGCCUGGGCGACAUCGUCUUCUGGAAGUCCGAGCUGAGCCACGAGGUGGACAACGCCGUGACCGAGACCGCCGCGCUCGCCGAGGCCAAGCGCCGGCUGGAGAGGGCCCUGGCGGAGACCGAGGCGCCCCUGCAGGUGUCCCAGGAGUGUUUGUACCACCGGGAGAGGCGCAUGUCCAUCGACCUGGUCCACGAUGACGUGGAGAAGGACCUGAUCAAGGAAGUGGAGGUCAUCAAGUCCUGCCAGGAGAGGAUGAGGCGACACUCGGAGCGAGCCGCCGCCCAGCUGGCGUCGAACCGAGCCACUCAGCACGAGCUGGAGCGAGACCUGAGCGACAAGACGGCGGCGCAGAGGAUCGACGAGCGCUGCCACCACCUGAGGAACACGUCUGACGGCAUCAGCUUCUACCGAGGCAUCGAUAGACUGGAGCCCUCGCUGUCUCUGCCGGGGUCCUGGUCCAAGUUCUCCGACGACAACCUGCUGCGCUCGCAGAGCCAGCGGGCCGCCUCGCACAAGCUGAGGGACGAGAUCGAGGUCCUGCUGGACGCCACCGCCGGCGACAUGUGGACGCAGUUCAACAACGUCAACGCCGCCUUCGGCGCACGCCUGUCCCAGACGGCCGACGCCCGCAACAGCCUGCAGACGCACCUCGCCAAGACCCAGCAGGAGAUCUUCCAGACCGAGAUGCUCAUGGAGUCUCUGAAGAAAGCUCUGAGGGACAAAGAGAACCCUCUGAAGGUGGCCCACACACGGCUGGAGGAGAGAACCCGCAGGCCCAACGUGGAACUCUGCCGGGACAACCCUCACCACCGGCUGGUGAGCGAGGUGCGGGAGAUCGACGACACGGUCCGCAAGCUGCAGGCGAGGCUGCUGGAGGCCGAGGGCAGCCUCCAGACCCUGGUCCAGACCAAGGCCGGCUUGGAGCACGACCUGUCCGUCAAGGCCAACUCGCUCUUCCUGGACCAGGACAAGUGCAUGAGCAUGCGCAAGAUCUUUCCCAGCAUGCCGCGCCUCGCCGGCUACACUUAA